AUGGCAGAUUUGCCUCAGGACAGAUUGACACCAUCACCGCCAUUUACAUUCGUCGGUGUUGACACUUUUGGCCCAUGGCCUAUAGCUUAUAGACGCACUCGUGGAAUACAAGCUAAUCAGAAAAGAUGGGCACUUAUGUUUACAUGCCUUGUCAGUAGAGCAAUUCAUAUAGAGGUCAUAGAGGAGCUCAGCAGUGCUUCAUUUAUAAAUGCGUUGCGUCGUUUCAUUGCCUUAAGGGGUGAAGUUAAACAAUUCCGUUCAGAUAGGGGAACAAAUUUUGUUGGCAGUUCAAAAGAGUUAAAUAUGAUUACUGAAUUUGUUGAAAAAGACUCUGUGAAAAGUUUUCUCUCAAACAACAACGUCUUGUGGCAAUUUAAUCCUCCACACGCCUCCCACAUGGGAGGCGUGUGGGAAAGGAUGAUUGGUGUUUCACGUAAGAUUCUCGAUUCAAUGUUAUUACGAGAAGGUUCGAAAAAUCUUACGCAUGAAGUUCUAACUACCUUGUUAUCGGAGGUAACAGCAAUAGUGAAUGCAAGACCCUUGGUUCCAGUGUCAACGGACCCAGAAUCACCAUGCGUUCUUUGUCCGGCAAUGCUUUUAACACAUAAAACAAAUCAGGACAAUAUUUCUUUUCCAACGUUUGGAAAGAAAGACAUGUUGAAAUCUCAAUGGAAGCACACUCAAUUUCUAGCAGAAGAGUUUUGGAACCGCUGGCGUAACGAAUAUUUAAACCGUCUACAAACUCGACAAAAAUGGACUGGUGAAAACAGUAAUAUGAAGGAAGGCGAUUUAGUACUUUUAAGAGAUAAUGAAUGUGCUCGCAACUAUUGGCCAGUCGCAAUCGUUGAAAAGACAUUCCCUAGUUCUGAUCAGAAAGUCAGAAAGGUUCAAAUUCGUGUCGUGCGUGAUGGGAAACCGGUUAGUUAUGUGAGACCAAUCAACGAACUAGUAAUGUUGGUAGAGCGUGUGGAAAUAAAAGAAAGUGAAAUAGACUAA